AUGCCGACGCGCGAACAGUACAAAGCGAUCGAGGACGAGUACAUCCAGUCGCUGCAUCCGCGCAAGCGCGAGAAGGCGCUGCUCAGCCAGGCGAUGUUCGACAUGAUCUGGGACGUGCUGCACGACCCGCUCCGUUCGCGCGUCGGCUCGCCGCAGUUCCGCUGGUGGGUCCGCAAGAUGUUCGUCCUCUCGCACGUCCGCCCCGCCGGCUCGGACGACGCCGCGGGCACGCCCGUGGUGCUGCACGAGGACCGGCCCGUCGCGCUGAAGGAGCAGAUCUACGAGGUGCUCUGCUACUGCCACGACCUCUCGAACCACGGCGGGCGCGACAAGACGACGAUGGUCAUCCGCGCGCACUACUCGUGGGUGCCCAAGGAGCUCAUCGCGCAGUUCGUCAAGGUCUGCCCAACGUGCAUUUUCAAGAAGACGGGCAGCAAGGACCUCGCG